AUGUUUGAACUGCCCUUAGUGCGAAACACCAAACGAGUACGAACAGUCAGAAAGCUUCGAUACCAGUACAUUAACACACUAUACCAAGAGUACCGCAAAGUUCAAAGCUUUGCCAACGCAAACUCUACCCUUCCGACGCCUGAAAACUCUGCGGCAGAAGAGGCAAGCGAUGGUGACCAUAAUUCAGCAGAUGCUACCUCGCGGCGCAGAAGACGGAAAAGGCGACUGCUCAGCGUGCUAGGGCAUGCGGAGACCGACACAGAGCUCUCGGAUAUGGAAGCCGAAGAAGGUAGCCACGAGGCUGAUCAAGCGGACAGUGAAAAAGAGUUCUUUACUAGGCACGAGAAACCACAAGAAACGUUCGAAGUUUGGAACACUGAUAGGCAAAAAGCGGUCCCCAUGAACACAGCAACGCUCUCGUACGACACCUGCAAACAAAUUGAAAAGCACGCGCAAAAGCGUGUGUCGGCAGGGAUGGCACAUAUAUCUAAGAAUGCAAACUUCCACUUCCAGGCUAUGAAAGAUGGUUACGAGACUGUCGCAGAGACGCCAGAAUCCCAUCACCUUGUCCACAUCGCACAACUUAAUGAACUAUUACACACCAACAUCAUGAAGGGUAAAUGGGACACAGCAUAUCGCUGUUUUUCUCUCUUGAUCAGAUUGCCAGGUAUUGACAUAAGAAGCGUCUGGGGACCAGGCGCAAGGAUCUUGCGUGAAUUGGCAUCCAAUGAUAAAGGCCUUGGUACCAGCGAAGAAUUUUUAGGCUGGCUCAGCGGCAUAUUUUCCUCAAGAAGCAAUUUCAAUCAAACGAUGAACUUUUUAAUGGAUCCAGUAUUCAGAUGCGGCUCCAAAACACAUGCCGCCAAGUUCGUCGUGGCAUGGCUUUGGGAACUUUUAUUUGCGUCCUGUCCCGAUGGAACUGAACACCCUUCAGCAGAAGACGCUUCGAAUCGCAAGCUAUCUCACCUUUUGGAAAGGCUUUCAGAAAUGGUGUUGAUACCGCCUUAUAUGGAAGACCCUGAGGUUUGGUUUAUUUUCGCGGUCUGCCACUUAGUAAGUGCAGAUCAACUAUCGCAGCGUUUCAUCAGCACAAAACUGAGAACUUCAGAACUUGAAAGAGACAUCUCUCGAAAUCAAGUCACUCAGCACAUCACGAACGCGCAUAUGUGCAUUAGAACAUGUGAGGCGAAAAAAGAAGAAUUUAGCUUCCCGCGGCGUAUUAUCGAGGAGCAACUGGCAUGUUUUGAGAAGAGGCUUUAUCAAAAUAGUGGGGAGUCGACCGCCAGCGAUCUAGGAAGCGGCUUUGAACUGGACAAUAGUCCGGAAAAUCUUGACACCCAGAAUGUCCUCGGCCCUGGGAUGUCACCAAUGAUAGACGAGGAAGAAAACUUCUUUGGGUCUGCAGAACAGGUCCAUUUCGGGUUUGAUUCCGACAGCAGCACUUAA